AUGUUCAACCCUACAUUGGGGAUAAACUUUGACACCAGCAGUGCUCCUCUUGCCAUUCCUCCUGCAAUGAAUGGAUAUUUGCUUCCCCAUCGUCUGCCGAUGUUGCUGUUUAUCUCGAUGCCGAAGAUAGAGGUGGCAGCGGAGGCAAGGAUGCCGAGUAGGUUACUGGGGAGGGGCAGGACAUGGAUGUUAAAGCCUGAGGGCUUUUGUGUGUCGAAGGCACUUGUGUGGGUAGAAAUGAGCCAAGGUGCCAACGGUAAAGAGCUUGGCUUAUUUAUCUGUGGUAAUACUUAA